UGAGAGAAACAGAAGAACUGCCUCCUCAAAACCCUAACUCGUCAAACCUUCUUCCUCUCGCCGCUGCCACUACUACUACUUGGACCUUCAAGCGUUUCCAAAUCUUCUCGAGAGACCAAAUCUCCACCGCAACUAUGGCCACUUCCGCCGCUGCGCCGCGCCAGCUCUCUCAGAAGGAGCAAGACAUCCAGAUGAUGCUUGCGGCUGAGGUGCAUUUGGGAACCAAAAACUGCGACUUCCAGAUGGAACGCUAUGUCUUCAAACGCCGCAAUGAUGGUAUUUACAUAAUUAACCUUGGCAAGACAUGGGAGAAGCUCCAACUUGCUGCUAGGAUUAUUGUCGCCAUCGAGAAUCCGCAGGACAUCAUUGUUCAGUCUGCUAGGCCAUAUGGUCAGAGGGCAGUCUUGAAAUUUGCCCAAUACACCGGUGCAAAUGCAAUUGCUGGAAGGCACACUCCUGGAACAUUCACUAAUCAGAUGCAGACAUCCUAUAACGAGCCUCGCCUUCUUAUUCUGACUGAUCCAAGGACUGAUCAUCAGCCCAUUAAGGAAGGUGCUCUUGGAAAUAUUCCAACAAUUGCCUUUUGCGAUACUGAUUCUCCAAUGCGGUAUGUUGAUGUUGGCAUUCCUACCUAUUGCAGCUGCGCCUGCUGAUUGGGCCCCAGAUACUUCUGCAGCUGCAGGUGAUUGGGAACCGGUUCCAGCUCCUCAGCCUUCCGUUCCGGCACCCGGAGCUGUUGCUCCCACUGGUUGGGAAUAGGAUGAGUAUGGGAUUUUCUUUUGUUUAGGAUAGAUGCAUCAUUACCUGUAGGUUUGAUAUUUAAAUUUUGAUUUAGCAUACUGAUACUUGGUUUGUUUCAACAAUUUAAUUGUUCCGUUGCGACCGCUAAUGGUACUGAAGUUUGCUGAGACAAAAGAAUAUGUCGGGAAAACCUUACAAGAUCACAUUUUGCAUAUUGACCUAUUAUCUCAAUUUUUCGGA